CAACUCCGACAAAAGCCAACACACUUUAACCACCACUUUCCACACACACUGGCUAUGUGAAAAUGAGGACUGAUAUAAGCUUCACCACCGUAGUAGUCCUUCUCAUCGCCGGUGGCGUUAUAAACAGAACGGCGGCCGUAAAUGGCGGCGGUGAGUUUAAGGGCGAUUAUUCAAAGCUGUCAGGGAUCAUAAUACCAGGAUUUGCAUCUACACAGCUCAGAGCAUGGUCUAUUUUGGAUUGCCCUUACUCGCCUCUUGAUUUUAAUCCUCUCGAUUUGGUUUGGCUUGAUACUACCAAAUGUCUUUCCGCAAUGAAUUGUUGGCUAAAGUGCAUGAUGCUCGAUCCUUUCAAUCAAACAGAUCACCCUGAGUGCAAGUCCCGUCCUGAUAGUGGCCUUUCUGCAAUCACAGAGCUUGACCCAGGCUAUAUAACAGGCCCUCUUUCAUCAGUGUGGAAAGAAUGGAUUAAAUGGUGCAUUGAAUUUGGGAUCGAGGCAAAUGCUAUUCUUGCUGUUCCAUAUGAUUGGAGACUGUCACCAUCGAAGCUAGAGGAGCGGGAUUUAUAUUUUCACAAGCUAAAACUUACCUUUGAGAUUGCUCUUAAACAUCGUGGUGGCCCAUCCCUAGUAUUUGCCCACUCAUUGGGUAACAAUGUUUUCCGAUACUUUUUGGAGUGGUUGAAGCUAGAAAUUUCCCCCAACAGAUAUAAUGAAUGGCUAGAUAAUCACAUUCAUGCUUACUUCGCUGUUGGGUCUCCUCUUCUUGGUUCUGUUCAGACAGUAGAAGCAACACUCUCUGGAUUUACAUUUGGUCUUCCUGUACCCGAGGGGACAGCCCGAUUGAUGUUCAAUUCAUUUGGCUCUUCACUAUGGAUGUCACCUUUUUCAAAGUACUGUCAGAGUGAAACUGAGUACUCAAAGCAUUUUUCUGGUGGCCACAGAAAAAAUCACCAUAUAUAUCACUGUGAUGAACUUGAAUAUCGGUUAAACUAUUCUGGAUUUCCAACUAACAUUAUCAACAUUGAGAUCCCCGCAGUUGUAGAAGCUUAUCCAUCCUUUGGAGAUGAAAUGCAGGCCAACUUGUCUAGCAUGGAAUGUGGGGUCCCUACUCAAUUAUCAUUUUCUGCUCGAGAAAUAGCAGACGGAACAUUUUACAAAGCAAUCGAGCAUUAUGAUCCUGAUAGCAAAAGGCUUAUGUACCAUCUAGACAAAUUGUAUCAUGGUGAUCCAGUUCUCAAUCCUUUGACGCCCUGGGAAAGACCACCUCUAAAAAACAUAUUUUGUAUAUAUGGAGUAGAUUCAAGAACUGAGGUCGGUUACUAUUUCGCACCUAGCGGCAAGCCUUACCCCGACAAUUGGAUCAUGACUGAUGUUGUUUAUGAGCUUGAAGGAUCUCUGUACACCAGGUCUGGGAAUAAGAUCGAAGGCAACCCUGGGGCUGCAAGUGGUGAUGCGACGGUACCAUAUCAUUCUCUUUCCUAUUGCAAGAAUUGGCUGGGACCAAAAGUUAAUGUAACAAGAACUCCUCAGUCAGAACAUGAAGGGGAGGACGUGCAAAUAGAUUUGGAUGUAGAACACCAUCCUGGGGCCGAUCUAAUCCCCAAUAUGACAAGGUCACCUCGUGUCAAGUAUAUAACCUAUUAUGAAGAUUCUGAAAGCCUUCCUGGACGAAGGACAGCAGUUUGGGAACUUGAUAAAGCAAAUCACCGGAAUAUUGUGAGGUCCCCGAUUCUAAUGCGAGAGCUAUGGCUUGAGAUGUGGCAUGAUAUUCAUCCGGAUAAAAUAUCAAAAUUUGUUACCAAAGCUAAACGUGGACCUUUGAGGGAUGAAGACUGUUAUUGGGAUUAUGGAAAAGCUCGUUGUGCAUGGGCCGAGUAUUGUGAAUACAGAUAUGUUUUUGGAGAUGUUCACUUGGGUCAAAGUUGCAGGAUCAGGGGUUCUUCAGCUGAUCUCCUUCAGAAAUAUUUGUAAAAACCACAAGGGUUAACAUGCCAGAAAUGUGAAGAUGGUCUGGUUUUCACUCAAUGACUGUGGGAUAUGAUCCUGGAGUUAAACCCGGGUAUAUGAUAAUCCCAUUGAUGCACCAUGAUGAAUAUGCGUCACCCAUACGAAUGAUUGAUGUCAAUUCAGGAAGAAGAUGUCUGUUUUGAAUCAUCCCACGACCAAUAGUUUAGUUAUUGAAGGAUUUAGAUGUAUCAUUCAUAGGCCAUGGCCAUCAGUCUCUUUGCCUUGAGCCAGAACUUUGUAUCUUCAUAAAAUUAAUGCCACAACAUUUUGGUGCUACAGGGAUCACUGUUAAAUGUAUUGUAUACUAUUUGGUCACACCAACAGUCCAUUAUGAAUAUUAUCUAGAAAAAAUUUUUUGGAAUAA